AUGGAUAACAGCAGCUUGGGAUUGCUCGGAGACGUUAACGUUAACACAUCUCUUAAGAUUGAACUUCAAUCCUGUACUACACUGAGGAACCAGGCAUCUCGCAUUUUCCUAUAUGCGUUCCUUUCUGUUGGUAUCGUCUGCACAGUGGUGGGCAACUUCCUGGUCGUCCUGUCCAUCGCAUACUUCAAGCAGUUGCAGUCACCCACAAACUCCUUCGUCAUGUCCCUGGCAGUGGCCGACUGUCUUGUUGGCCUGUUAGUGAUGCCUUAUAGUAUGAUUCGGACCAUAGAAGGAUGCUGGUACUUUGGUGUCCUUUUUUGUCGGCUUCACUCUAGCCUAGAUGUCAUGCUCUGCACUGCCUCCAUAUUCCAUCUCAGCUGCAUUGCCUUUGACCGCUACUACGCUGUCUGCAACCCGCUACUUUACUCUGUAAAGAUGUCCCGCAGUCGGGUGGCUCUCCUUAUUGUUGUGUGUUGGGCUGUUCCCAUGCUCAUUUCCUUCGGCCCCAUAAUGCUAGAUCUCCAUAUUGCUGGUGUGGACGUCCUGCUUCCUGAAGAUGUAUGCGUGUUCUUGGUCAAUCGUAUUUAUGCUGUCAUGGCCUCUUUGGUAGCCUUUUACCUGCCGAUGGCUAUCAUGCUGGUGGCCUACUGGAAGAUUUUCAAAGCUGCCAAACGGCAGGCCAGGCAGAUCAGCGCCAUGGAAAGCCAGAUGGCUGCUGGAGUGGGCAAAGACUCAAGCAAGAAACAAAGACACCGAAACACUAUGAAGAGGGAAAGAAAGGCAGCAAAAACUUUGGGUAUCAUCAUGGGUGUUUUCUUAAUCUUCUGGAUGCCCUUCUUUACAGUCAAUAUUGUGGACCCAUUUAUUGAAUACAGCACAGAGGUGGUCGUCUGGGAUAUAUUUUUGUGGCUGGGAUAUAUCAACUCAUCUCUAAAUCCCUUCCUGUAUGGUUUCUUCAACCGUUCCUUCCGUAGGGCAUUCCUCAUGUUCAUGGGCUGCAGGGUAUGCCUGCCUGGAUCUUCCCCUGGGAUGGAGCUAUCACACACUAGGAAAGAGGCAAAUGAACGUGCAGAUCAACCAUAA